AACGAUGUUUUAGAGAAGACCCUCCUCUGCGAUGUUUUUGAUGAACCGCAAACAAAAAACACAAAAAUUAAAAGUCAACAAGAGUACUGUUGUGAACGAAAACGUGUUGGCUGUGAAACAAAUUUUGAAGCGAUUUUUUCUGUUAAAAAUGGCCAACAAAAAACUGAAACUCAAACGUCUCCAUGGCCAAAAAUCCGCUCAGCUGAAAAGGAUGAUCAAACCAACCGACAGCCGGUUGAAGGAAGCUGAUCGAAAGGUGAAGAAAUCCCGGACAGAAACCGAACGUCAGGCAAUGGAGAAGCCCCAGGCCAGCUCGGCCAUGUUCUUCCAGUACAACACACAGCUGGGCCCCCCAUAUCACAUUCUGGUGGACACCAAUUUCAUAAACUUCAGCAUCAAGAACAAGUUGGACAUAGUGAAAACGAUGAUGGACUGUUUGUAUGCCAAGUGCAUUCCGUACGUUACGGAUUGCGUGGUCGGGGAGUUGGAAAAAUUGGGCCAGAAGUACAAGCUGGCGCUGCGUAUUAUCAAGGACUCGCGGUUCGAGCGGAUCAAGUGCCUACAUCGGGGAACCUAUGCCGAUGAUUGUCUGGUCCAAAGGGUUAUGCAGCAUAAGUGCUACAUUGUGGCCACCAACGAUAAGGACCUGAAGCGGAGGAUCCGCAAAAUUCCCGGUGUGCCUAUUAUGAACGUGGCCAUGAACCGGUACGUGAUAGAGCGGAUGCCGGAUGCUUUCGAGCCGAUGGCGAAGAAAUAGAUUUAAUGCGGAUGGAAGGUUAACGUGAGUUGGUUCUUUCUCGUGGUGUUUAUCACUGGCAAU